GUGACAAAAAUGCAAUCAUAAAUUUAUUCGAGUAAGAAAAAAAUUUUAAAUUUGGAAGAAAUUUUAUCAGAGCAGUUAAAAGCUGAGAUGUUUUUUAACUGGAAACUAUUGUUUAAUUGUUUAAUUCAAUUGUAUAAUACCUAUCAGAUUAAUACCAUAAGAACAAAAGAUUCUCUAAUCUGCAAAAAUGAUCAAAACUCUUCCGUUUCAAGAUAUCAAUUUAGUACUCUUCAGAAAAAGGAAGCUUUGUUCUUUACCUCUAAUACAGCUGGUGGAAGUGGAAGUGAAUAUAGUGGUGGUGGAAGUAACCCACUUGAUUAUAAUUGGCCCGCUGAAUGGGACCAGGAGUUUGUAAAAAAUUCAUUUAAUGUUUCAGCUGCUAUGACAUAUGGAGAAUUUAAUGAAAUUUAUAGCAUAGUUAAGUAUCUUGAUGGUGGUACUUACGGUCGCAUCUACAUCGCAGUUAAAAAGUCUGAUGCAUCUAAUCAAGAGUUUGUUGUCAAGUUUCUCAAAAAAUCAGCAAUAAAUUAUGAUAGCGCAUUAAAAGAAGGUUUGAUUCUGUUGACAUUAGAUCAUCCAAAUAUCGUAAAGUGUCUGGACUUAUUUGAUAACAAUGAAUAUGUCCAAAUGGUCAUGAAGAGUAGUGGUACACGAACAAUGGGAUUUCAUAUAUACCUUAACAACUUGCCGUUUUUUUCUGAAAAUGUAGCAAGAUUUUUUAUGAAACAGAUUAGUCUGGCUGUCAAAUAUCUCCACGAUAUUAAUCGAGCACAUUUAGAUAUAAAAGAUACAAACGUUGUUAUAAAUGAUCAACUUGAGUUGCAACUUAUAGAUUUUGGUUUUUCAGAAGAUUUGAAUUCUGUUAAAGAGCCAAUAAAUGGAAUGGUUGGAACAGAUCAUUUUAUAGCGCCAGAAGUUUAUUUACGCAAAUUUUACGGUAAAUCUGUUGAUAUUUGGGCACUAGGAAUAACACUUUAUCUAAUGUAUUACGGUCGAUUUCCAUUUGACUAUGACUUCGACGUUCAAAAAACGAUCAUACCACUGACUGGAUUUCAACCGAUCCGAGAGUCUUCGGAAGAUUUACUUCAUCUUCUUCACUGGAUGUUAAACGUCGACAAUGAAAAAAGAGCAACAAUUGAUGACGUUAUAAACCAUAAAUGGUUCAGUGGUUCAUACGAAUUUGAAAGAUAUCUUUUUGAGACUCCAUUUUCAGUCGAUAUUAAUGAGUUGAAUCACUACUUUCGUGUUUCUUAUCGUUCUCAAAACAGUUUUACAAGGAAAAUGAUCAAAAAUCUAUCAAUAGAAAAUUGA